AUGCCUGUCGUCGGUGAUCUUACUUUAUUCAAAUCUUUGGUCAAAGAGGAGAAAAUCAAGGAAGAGUGCGAGGACUAUGUCUGCAGCAGCAGCAGUAGUGUUGAGGAAGACGGACCUUUGGACUUGAGGGUGAAUUGUGCCAGGGCAAGUCCUGCUAGAGAUUCCGGUACGGAAAGUGAUGAUACUGAGGAUAAGAUGAUUGUAGAUGAUGGGGGAGACUAUAAGCCGUUUAAAAAGAAUUUGAUUAAGAGAUGUUCCCUUCCGCCUAGUCCAGCAGAUUCGGGAGUUUCAGACGUGGACAGCUCUUCAAGCGGUCACACAUCGACAGACGAACUAAAGGCGAGACUCCAGCCGUCCAUUCAUUCACCUGUAGGCUCCUUGUUUCCGAGACAUCCGUUUUCAUGGAACAACUCACACCAGAGACCGGCGAAUCAUAUGUCCCAGCAAUUCUAUCAACCUUUCCACUCAAAUUUGGACCCAUACAACAGCUACCUACUCCAACAGCACCAAGUCCAGCAGAGCCAUCAUAUGCACCAUAGUCAAAACCCAUUCACCACGCCAUCUCCUCCCUCGCCGCCGAUCAGACACUCCAUACCCACAUCAGUCAUACAAGCCGCCACGAGUAGCAUGUACGAUGAUCCGUACAUGCUCGGCUUCUCGUCGAGGAAACUCAAGAAAGUAAAGAAGCAAAAACUUGGCGAGCCCGGCACGGUGAAGAGGAAGAGCAGGGAGGGCUCCACUACGUACCUCUGGGAGUUCCUGUUGAAGUUGCUCCAAGACAGGGAGUACUGUCCGAGAUAUAUCAAAUGGACCAACAGGGAGAAGGGCGUCUUCAAGCUCGUCGACUCCAAGGCGGUGUCGAGGUUGUGGGGCAUGCACAAAAACAAGCCGGACAUGAAUUAUGAAACCAUGGGAAGAGCAUUGAGAUAUUACUACCAGCGCGGCAUUCUAGCUAAGGUCGACGGGCAAAGGCUGGUAUACCAAUUUGUCGAAGUACCUAAGGAUAUAGUCGAGAUAGACUGCACGGGGGCGGCGUGA